AUGGCAACCCUCCUCUUCUCCUUCGGCGGUAUCUUCCAAGUCGCCGUCCUCCUGACCAACGCCAUCGCCAUCCUCUCCGAAGACCGCUUCCUCGCGCGCAUCGGCUGGGGCAGCUCCUCGGCCUCCAUCGAGCCCUCCUUCGGCGGAGGCAUGCAGCCGGGCGCUGACACAUCGACGAAAGCGAAGCUGGUGCAGUUGAUCAGUGCUACGAGGACGUUGAUGAGGAUUCCGCUGAUUUUCUUGAAUGUGUUGAUUAUUGUUUGGGCCGUUGCGUUUGGGUGA